AAACUCCCCAAGGAGGUCAAAGAUAUACUGAAGGGGUGGCUGAUGGCCCACAAGUCACAUCCAUACCCUGAUGAAGAGGAAAAACGAAUGUUGUGUGAGCAGACGAAGUUAAAUAUGGUCCAAGUAUCGAAUUGGAUGAUCAACGUAAGCAUCGUAGCAAUUUUU